UUUGAUUUGAGGCUACUCCCUACAAACGAUCUCUCAGUAGCCAAGUUAAUUCUUGGAACUUUGCACAAUGGGGUGUGCUUGGAGUGAUCCUGACAAAAAUCACCAAGACACCAGUAAAGCGAUAGAAAAGCAGAUUCGUCAAGAUGCAGAAAAGGCGAUGAAAGAGGUAAAGCUAUUGCUACUCGGAGCUGGUGAAUGUGGAAAGUCCACUGUUUUGAAACAAAUGAAAAUUAUACAUGGUGAAGGUUACAAAGAGGAAGAAAGGAAGGAAUACGUUUGCAUCAUAUUUGCAAACAUUGUUCAAUCGAUGAUCAAAAUACUGAAAGCAAUGGAGUCUCUGGAGAUUGUACCUGACACCUUCGACCCAGAGGAGGAGGUUAAAAAGCUGAAUGGAUAUCUCGUCAGCGUUGAAGAUGGAGUGUUUCCAGAAGAGCUGGCCAAGCUUCUACACACCCUUUGGGAAACACCAAGCGUACAGAAGUGCUUUUCAAGAGCAAAGGAAUACCAACUAAAUGACUCAGCCGGGUAUUAUAUACAAUCCCUAGAUAGGAUAUCUGCCCCAGGCUAUACUCCAACAGAGCAAGAUGUGUUGAGAUCUCGAGUAAAGACCACUGGGAUAGUUGAAACAAAUUUCAGGUUCAAAGACCUCGAUUUCAAAGUUUUUGAUGUCGGUGGCGGAUACGCAAAACUGGAUACAUACGAAGUGCAUGUCAGGUGGUCAACGGUCGGAGAGAAAAAAGUGGAUGCACUGUUUCGAGGGUGUUACCGCUAUUUUAUUUAUUGUGGCGAUGUCAGAGUACGACUUAAAAUUAGCCGAAGAUCAGACAACGAACCGAAUGCAUGAGUCGCUGAAGUUAUUUGAAUCCAUUUGCAACAGCCAAUGGUUUGUUGAGACCAGCAUCAUACUCUUUUUAAACAAAAAGGAUCUAUUUAUGGAAAAAAUCAAGACAUCACCGCUGACCAUUUGCUUUCCUGAGUAUACUGGCGGCCAGAGUUUUGAGGAGACGUCAGCCUACAUCCAGAGUAAGUUUGAAGAGCUCAACCGGAGGAAAGCUACCAAAACAAUCUACACGCACUUCACUUGUGCCACGGACACCAACAAUAUCCAUGUUGUUUUCGACGCCGUCAUUGACGUGAUCAUCAAAUCCAACUUAAAGGACUGCGGUCUAUUCUGAUUAUAACUAGUCAGAAGGGUACCCUGGAACACAGCAAUCGUGGCCUCAGAGACAAAAUCCCAGUGGUUACUUGAUUUCAGUCAUACGUUCAUCAUGCACAGCGUAUCAUUCCACAUCAAAAAUGACAAACAGAUCACAGCCUCAGAGUUCCCGAUACUGUGAGUUCAUCGCCCCCAACCUGCGGUUAACCACGUCUGAAGUGAUCUUCGCAGUUUCGACUCUUUUCGUAUUUGUCUGACACUGUGUACCAGAUGACCUAGAAAAAUGUACUGACCAACCGAAGUACUUUCAACGCCGAUUAAGAUGCUCUUUAUGCCCAUACCCAACAAUGUUCUGUGAGGUUGUCCCUCACUCCAGCAACAGAACACAACAGCUUGGUUCCUUAUGCACAGUGUUCAGAAAUAUCUUCGAACUACGAAAUAAAUUCACUUUGGUUGACGUCCAGACAAUGAAUUCUUCACAGCCUGUUCA